GUAAGGUGUAAUUGGACACCAUGUCUUCCUUCUCUUCCCAUCAGGGAAAAGCCGGGAAAGUGGGAUCUAAAGGAGGGAGAGGAGCUCAAGGUGACCGAGGACUGGAGGGACAGAAAGGAGCGCAAGGAGACAGAGGUCAAAAAGGAGGUAAAGCCCGUGCAGGUGAUGCAGGUAAAGGCCUGCCGGGACCCGACGGACCACAAGGCAUCAGAGGUUUGCACGGUCACCCCGCAGAACCCAAGAACGGCAUGGAGGGUCCUCGAGGUCCCCGAGGAUUCCCUGGUGCUGUCGGUCAGUUGGGAAUAUUCGGGAUCGCAGGAGUGCCGGGAAUUUGCGAGGCGCGGGACUGCAGCAUUCAUGCGCCGGUGUCGCGCAAAGAGCAGGGUCUGGUGAAAGGGCCGCUAACUUCAUAUAACAUAUGAACACGAGCGAUGAACACACGAAGAAGGUCAGAGAGCUGGGUUUAACCCUCCUGUCGUGUUCAUGAGAUCUAGAGUUACCCAUUCAUUUCCUAUUGGGGUCAUUUUUGGCCGGGAACAACUCAAAAUUCAAUGAAAGUGGUGAUCAGCAGUUUUAUAUGUUCACAUACUGUACCUACUGUGGUGGACAUCAUAAGGCCUUGAAGCAAUCAAAUGUAUAACACAAUAUUUAUGUUUGAUAAAACACGACAGGAGAGAUAAAUUUGAAAAAUGUAAUGUUUUGCGGAAAAUGUCAGAGGACCAAGGAUAGAACCCUGAGGCACUCCACUUGGUGGCAGGUUUGGUAAGUAAUGGGAAACUUUGCAGGAACUAAACAAGAAAAUACUUUUACAUCCGACCCGGACACUGAUUUAGGAGGUUCCUUACUUUUGAAAGAUGGUCAAACUGUUACAGCUUUUACCAGGAACAAAGACGUCUGCUAUGUGUGUUUCACUAGAACUAAUUUCAACUGAAUCCUUCGGUUGAGUUUUUCCAUCAGUGUAAAAAAAAUAAACAAAGAAUUCAAAGUGCUAUGUAAAUAUUAUGUAAAGUAUCUCAAAUACAUGUACUGUGAUCUUUAAGUGUCUGUUUUUAAAUCUGAGUAUUUUUGUCACCACGGGUCUAUUUGUUCAAAAUAAGGAUUUGCGUUUCUGUAAGAAACACAUAUUUUGGUUCCAUAUUUCUGAUUCACUAAAUGACCAUCCAUUAUGAUUAUCAAGCUUUCAAAAUAAAGUUAAAUCUGAUUA